AAUUGUCUCUUUUUUGUUCAAGAUGGACGCCGCCGAGUUGGAGAAAUACACUCUGCACGUGGAAAAAGCUGAGGCCGAAGCUCAAGCCCUCGCGCUCGAGCUGAAGAAGUUGCAAGAAAAUAGCGGACCCCCCGAGAACUUCGCUCCUCCGCCCGAACUGGUGGCUUUGCAAACGGAAAAUGCCAAGCUCAAAUACAGGCUGGAAAUCCUCAAGCGGAGCGUCGAGGAGGAAGAGUCCAAGAGCAAGAGGUUCAUGGAAAGUCCGAGGGAUGUCCUGCUGAAGUUGUUCCGGCAGGCGGUCCGCGCCGCCUUUCCCGAUGUCGAGGACCCUCUUGUUCCCGUCCUGCCGAGCAGCAACGAGAAGUUCGGCGACUACCAGUGCAACGCGGCCAUGCCCCUCUCUCAGGCGCUGAAGAAGGCUGGCAAGCCGAUGUCGCCCGUGGAGGUUGCAAAGCGCAUCGUGGCUGAAGUCCCGGCCAACGAUGUUGUGGCCGAGAUGUCCCUGGCCGGCCCGGGGUUCAUCAACGUCACCCUGAGUGGCAGCUACGUGGCGGCGUCUGCCCGCCGCAUCUUGACGGACGGGGUACUGCCCCCUCCGCAGGCUGGCCCCAAGAAGCGGGUCAUCGUCGACCUGUCCUCGCCCAACAUCGCCAAGGAGAUGCACGUGGGGCACCUCAGGUCGACCAUCAUCGGGGAAAGCCUGUCGAGGCUGCUGGAGUUUGUAGGCCACGACGUGCUGCGACUGAACCACGUCGGCGACUGGGGCACCCAAUUCGGGAUGCUCAUCGCUCACCUGAAGGACCGUUUCCCGGACUACCUGGUCCACUCCCCGCCCAUCGGAGACCUGCAGGCCUUCUACAAGGAGUCUAAAGUGCGCUUCGACUCGGACGAAGAGUUCAAGAAGCGUGCCUACGCCUGCGUGGUGAAGCUGCAGUCCCACGACCCGGACAUGAUGUCUGCUUGGAAGCUCAUCUGCGAUGUUUCUAGGCAAGAGUUUCAGAAGCUCUACGAGCGGCUGGACGUCAGUUUGAUCGAGAGGGGAGAGUCUUUCUACCAGGACAUGAUGACCGAAGUCGUGAAGGACCUCGACGAACGGGGUUUCCUGGAGGAGGACGACGGGCGCAAGGUGAUGUUUGGGCCGGGCCAGCCCGUCCCGCUCACGGUGGUGAAGAGCGACGGGGGCUUCACCUACGACACGUCCGACAUGGCCACCAUCAGGCACCGAGUGCAGCAGGAGAGGGCGGACUGGAUCGUCUACGUCACCGACGCCGGUCAGGCUCAGCACUUCAACACGAUCUUCGCCUGUGCCAAGAAAGCGGGCUACGUCGACACCUCCAAAGUUCGUCUGGAUCACUGCGUCUUCGGAGUGGUUCUCGGCGAAGACAAGAAAAAGUUCAAGACUCGGUCUGGCGACACCGUAAAGCUGACCGACCUGCUGGAUGAAGGACUGCGACGGAGCUUGCAGAAGCUGCACGAAAAGGAGCGCGAGAAGGUACUAACGCCCGAAGAGCUCAAGAGGGCACAGGAGGCCGUAGCGUAUGGAUGCAUCAAGUAUGCCGACCUCUCGCACAACCGGGUGCACGAGUAUGUCUUCUCUUUCGACAGGAUGUUGGAUGACAGGGGAAACACCGCUGCCUACCUGCUGUACGCCCUCACCAGAAUUAGGUCCAUCGCACGCAAUGUCGGCAUGUCGGUCGACGCAUUGAAGGACGAGGAUGUUCCUGUGGAGCAUCCAAAGGAACGCAAGCUGGCCAAAACUCUGCUCCGUUUCCCGGAGGUGAUCUCGACGAUGCUAGAGGAGCUGCACGUGCACCCACUGUGCGACUACCUCUUCGAACUGUCCCAGACGUUCUCCGAAUUCUACGACAACUGCUACUGCAUCGAGAAAGACAAAGCAACCGGCCAAGUGGUAAAAGUCAACAAGGGCCGGCUGUUGCUCUGCGAAGCGACCGCCGCCGUCAUGACCAAGGGAUUCCACAUCCUGGGAAUCAAGACCGUGGAGAGGAUGUGAGGUCGCCGCGAUUAAAGUACCGUCUUUAAAUUAUUA